AUGUCGGCCGCCGAAACCGCCGUUUCUCCGGCGCCGGCGCCACAGCCGCCGCUGCAGGCGCCAUCGGAUCCGAACGCCGCCGCCGCCGCAGCCGACGCGGUCCAUUCUAACUCUCUCUCCAUGGCCGAUGACACGCAAACCCUAACCGAGGCCCUGCUUCAGCCCCAACCAAACCACUUGUCGCUGCCUCCUUCCGGGGAGGAGGACGACGGGGUCACUGCCUCCGGUGCUCUCGUUGGUGGGGACGCCGCGUCUUCCGCUGCUGCUGCGGCUACGGCUAACGCGACGAUGGAGGAGCGGGUGAGGGGGCCGUGGUCCCCGGAGGAGGACGCGGUGCUGAGCAACCUGGUGGAGAAGCUCGGGGCGCGGAACUGGACGCUGAUCGCGCGCGGCAUCCCGGGCCGCUCCGGCAAGUCCUGCCGCCUGCGCUGGUGCAAUCAGCUCGACCCCCAAGUCAAGCGCAAGCCCUUCACUGAAGAGGAGGACCGUAUUAUAAUGGCAGCUCAUGCUGUCCAUGGGAACAAGUGGGCAUGUAUCGCAAAGCUUUUGGAUGGGAGAACUGACAAUGCCAUCAAGAACCACUGGAAUUCCACCCUGAGGCGUCGAUACUGCAAUGAUGGCCGAUGCAAGCAUGGUGGUUCUGUGCAGCGAAGUAUCCCGGAGGUGUCCAGGGCAGUUUCAGAAGAACCUUGGCCUUUAAAAGAUCUUAGUUCCUUCACUGCUAUGGAUGUAAGGGAUGCUCCUGUGCAAACAGUUCCAGAGACUUCUGCUGGGGCAUGGCACAUCACAGAUCAGUGUUCUAUUACUCAAGGUGUUGAUCCACCCUACCUGUCCCGACCAGCUGCAAAGAUUGGUGCUUUCAGACCAUACAAUCUAGGACACACGGAACCUACCCAACAAGAAAUGCCAAGUUCUGUCGUCAAGUCUGACUCGACUCAUAAAGUCUUGACUCCUGAAAGUGAGGUUUUCAAGUUUGUUGAUCCUAUAUGCUUUGCUGCUGAGGUGCCAAACAAAUGUGGGCAUGGUUGCUGCGGUGCUCACGAGCAGCCUCGUAAGAACUCGUUGCUGGGUCCUGAGUUCAACGAGUUUGAAGAUCAUCCACCGAUUUUAAAUACUAGCUUUGCUUCAUUGGUAUCAGAAAUUAGCAGCAUUGCCUGGAUGAGAAGUGUUGUCUUCAGUUCAUCACAGGGCAUUGAAGUAAAAGAAGUAAGCAGCCAAAAUAUGGACUGGUUGUCUAGGAAACAUAUCUUUGAAAAGUGGUUCAGCGGAGAUCCAAGCUUAGCACGGUUGGUGGAAGUUGUCGGGGAGCAGUUCACCUGUGGGUUUGAUCCCUGGUGCUCGAAAUCAGAUAAUGUAGUAAUGGGAUAA